UUCCAAGGCAGAUUUGUUUCACUAGCACAUCAUCGAACACGGAAUCUACCAAAUGAAUAUCUUACUCAUUCUCGUUAUCUACCUCGUUGCUCCAUCCUUCUGUGAAGAUUGCAGGAGGAUUGGAGAUACAUGCUAUACUGCUGUGGUGCAUACUACCAGUGACAUUAGUUACAACAAAGCAGUCGACAUUUGCAAAUAUCGCAACAAAGAUAUUGGCUUGAUACGUGAUGAAAAUUCAUACAAAGAAGUCAUGGAGUUUUUGAGACAUGAAAUUACUAAAACAAACAAAGAGAAAUGGUAUCUGACUUCCAUAUGGACCGGGAUCAGUUUUGACCCAGUUAAUGUUCGAAUUACAUCUCUGGGUUCAUUUGCAAAAUGGUUUCCAGGCUAUCCGCUCACAGGAAAAUAUCUGUUUAAAGAUUUCACAAACGUUUGGCUCACUGUUUUCAACGAUCCCGAUGCUGCUGCCCAAGGGAUGAGAAACGGAGAACCAAUAGCUCAGACUUAUGGAGUUCUUUGUGAGAUGAAGUUGAACUAAAGCGCUCGCAGUAUUGUAUUUUAAUCGCCAUUUCAAUUUUAAAAUCCUUUCAAUUAGUUUGAUAAAAUGCUUCCUAGGAAUUUAUUAGUAAUCAGAGCAGUUUUGGAAAAAUGUGUCUACAAUAUUUUACGUUUUAACAGAGAGAAUAUACGAAAAUUUGAAUAAUUUUUCUAUUCGAACUAUCAAUCCUCAGAGCAGUAAUUAAAAAUUACAAAAAAAUAAAUUGAAGUCACCGA